AUGGCUCCUGCUUCGAACGAAGAGCAGUUCAAGUUCCUCAUCAGCUGUAUCAGGUACAGCAACAAUGGAAAGGUGGACUUCGGGCAAGUUGCAAAGGAGUGCAACAUUGUCAGCAAAGGUGCAGCGGCCAAACGCUACGAACGCAUGAUGCGCGCCCACGGCAUCGCCCCCAACGCGGCCAGCAUCAAGCCAGCACCUACCCGAGCCCCCAAGUCCGACCGACAAGACUCGAAUGCUCCCGUCCUCAAGAAGCGCAAAGCCGACCAAUUCCCCGAAGACACAGCUACCGACGACGACGAAGGUGUGGGCUGGGGCUCUGGAACAGUCCACAUCAAAGAAGGUCCGCGAGAAGAGAAGUACAAUUUCAAGACGGAAGGUGGAGGUGGAGGUGGAGGUGGAGAUCACAAGCCGCAGAUCAUACAGGAGCAGGGACAGCUUAAUCUCGAGCAGGCCGCGAACCUCAUGCAGUACUACGAUAAUGGCUCUCAGCUGGGGGUUGAUGAUCUCUACGGCGCUGGAGAGUAUGGUGGCGGUAUGUCCGGAUACGGGACCUCGUCUGGCUAUGCUACUCCCAUGGUUUCUGCAUAUGAUCUUGAGCCCCAGAAUGGCUACUUUGGUGCAGAAUAUGACCCAACUUCUGUCAUGAGCAGCGCAUCUUCGAUGAUGAGAAGCAUGAGAAAUAUGGAGAGUAUGGGUGGGCUGGGCAGCGUCCCACGCUCUUCCCAGCAGAGUUUCCAAUAUCAGCAGCACAGUCUGCCAUACCAACCCGAAGACCAAGGUCAUUCUGACAGCCCCCUCAUUGUUGAGUAG